AUGAAUUCGAAGCAUUUUGGUAUCACAGCUCCUGGGCCAUAUGCGAAAUACCAGACCCAAAAGACCCUGACCCGGAACGGUUUUGGGCUGCCGAGAGACGCGCCGCCCAUUUUUACCGGCAAGAUGAUGGAGGAGUGGAAAAAACGCGACAAGCAGUUCGAGGAGCUACCUGCGUGGGUGGAAGGCGUGCCGCCAGUUCGGGACCUGCUUGCGAUUCCGCACUGGGAGAAUAGCAAAAGGGACUUUGUUACUUUGACAGGGUUUCAGGACGAGGGCUCCUCGCCCGAACGGCGACCAGUCAGUUUCCAUACGGGUGGCAUAUUAGGCAGACGCCUCAAAGCUACUUUGUUGGCUGUUUACACCAAAAUCAAACAUAUCUACCUCGUUCGCUCACACUAG